AUACAUAGGUAUCGACGUAGCUUGGCUGGCAUAGCUGUUACUUGAACAUUCAUCGAAUGGAAACCUACAACUGCACCCAGCUCAGCUGCUGAAGAUGGGCUGUAGCACGAUGCCCUCUAGAACAGAAGUUUUGACGGGCUCUCAUUCAUCAUGAGCCUACUGCGUCAACCUGGUUUCCGAGCUCUAGCAUUGCUCCUAACCAUCGUGGCCGUUUACGUGACGUACGGAUACUUCAACUUCUACCGCGACCCGCUAUCCAUCUUUUUCUCCCAAAAGCAUGGCUAUGACCAAUUUUACUCGGCGACGCGACAGGCCGAGGCCGACGCAUUUCUCGAUGCGCUUCAUGCGAAUCCCGAUGCUGUCCGCUCCCAGUUAGCCAAGGCUGGGCCAAGACCCGAGAUCUGUGCCAUAUUCUUGACCGUCGGCCGCGAGAUGCAAGGAAGACAGUAUAUCGAGACGGCAGUAGCUUCGUUCCUUGCGAAUAUCACCCGCGCUGAGAGAAACGCUGUCCACCUGAAGUUGUUCUUCGCCGACGUACCGACCCCCGAAACGCAGCACAAGAGCUACACAACACUAGCUACAGCCGACAUCGCUGACGACAUCGUGACCUACCCGAGGAGUCUGCCGGAGAGGGGCAAGGAGAAGAAACUGGCUCUUCUGGAGUCGUGGUAUCAGCGUCGAGAUGAUAAAAGCAUGAUUGAGAGAAAAUCGUUGCAUGACUACGCUUACGCACUUCGCCAGUGCAUCCAAACCAGCGAUGCGCCAUACAUCGCAUUGUUCGAAGACGAUAUAAUUCUAGCAGAUGGCUGGGCCGCACGGACGCUCAAGGAUCUACAUACAAUCGACGACAUGAUGAAAGAUUCAAGACGCCACAACCCAGCACGUGGUCAAAUCAAGCCUGGCGGCCCAAAUAGCUGGCUUUACUUGCGCAUGUUUAACCAAGAGCGAAGCUCUGGGUGGAAUGGAGGCUAUGGCUUUAGAAGCAACAACGCUCACAUCGUUUCGCUCGCUGUUGCUAUCCCUUUGCUAGCUUUGAUACUGCUGACGCGCCGGCUCUUCCUCCCUCGGUCUAUCGCGCGAUAUAUCGAUGGCUGGGUCCUUCUGGUGACUUGUGGUGUUGCGGUACCGCUCUUCGUAUGGCUUUUCUUCGCCUCAGGCAAGGCGUCGCUCCUGGGUUCGCCGCCAGGUGUAUAUGAGGAGUGGUUCGGAUGCUGCAGCCAGGCUUUGGUGUUCAACAGGAAACAUGCACAAGGACUGUCCGACUUCCUCAUGGCGGCUACAACCAAAAUUGGGAGGGUUGGGAGAGCCGAUAUGCUCCCCAAGGAUUACGCUUGGGAGCAUGGCCUUGCGAGGGUUAGCGCUUAUCCGAUGCUCGUGCAGCAUCUCGGCAGAAUCAGCGCUACAGGUACUACUUCUAUUGAGGCAUCGCAAAUCUGGAGUAUGGCCUUCGAAAACCUGAAGGCCAGCCAGCUGGCCAGUGACCAUAUGAAAGCCGUCAAAGAACUAUUUGGAUAGAACUAAGUUAAAGGCAAAGGAACAGCGUAAUUAGCCAAUGCUGUGUGAAAGUCUUUAGUUCUCUUGCUUAUUGCUUCAUGCACACUAUCCAGUUUUCACGAUCUUGGUGCUAGAAGUCUAUUGACACAUUUCGCACUGAAAACUUGUAGAAUUCUGAUACUAGGGAUACUUUAUGAUACGGUACACUGUUUGCACCUAAGCCCCAUGCGCAAUGGCUUUGGUGGAAUGAUACUAGUAUGCCUUCAGGAGUCGGACAUUAGGUAACUUGCUCUAAGGAGAGCUUCG